AUGUUUAUUAUUUUAUGCAUUAUUUCCUUCUCGUUGUCUUCUUAUCAUUGUCAAACAAUAAAACAUCUCAAUGAAAUAUCAAUCGAAGAAGAAUUACCCAUUGAUUCAAUGGUAACAUCUUUAACAGAUAAAAUUCCUAAUUUAGAUCAAUCAAAUGAAUAUGAUCUUGUUACACCAUUGUCUACUGAUCUCGACUUAUUCUCUGUCAAUCAUAGUCAACAUACUCUGAUAAUAAAAAAUCGUAUUGAUUAUGAAACUAUUUGUUUAAAAACGCAUCAUUGUGUCGUGUCAGUUAGUAUUGCCGUAUCCAAUGAAGAUACAAUUGAUGUUUAUAUACUUCCUAUUCGCAUCAUAAAUAAAAAUGAUAAUCUAAUAAGAUUUCUUGUAAAUCGUACAAUUAUAGAAAUCGAAGAAAAUGAUGAAAAUUGGCUUCAAAAAACUUAUUCUUUACCUAAAGCAUACGAUGAUGAUGGUGACUCAAUAACCUAUUCAAUUUAUUUACAAAAUUGGAAUAAACCCGAUGGUUUAUUUGAAUUCGAUGAAAAACAUUUAUCAUUAAAACCAUUAAGAAAAUUUGAUCGAGAAGAACAAAAUAUUUAUUUACUUCGCUUUAUAGCUCAUAAUCAAAAUGAUGCGUCAACUGAUGUAAUCAUUGUUAUAAAAGAUCUUAAUGAUAAUAUACCAAUGUGUCAUCACAAUCAAACAUUAUUUCUCGUAUCAAAUAUAUCGUCGAUAUCAAAAUUUCAAUUAAACGCAACCGAUUAUGAUGAAGGUGACAAUGGAAAAUUGGAAUACAGCUUAAUGAAUUCAUUAGUUGGCUUUAGUAUCGAUCGAUUUAAUGGAGAAAUAAAAUUUGAUUAUACAAAAUGGAUCCGUUCGAAUAAAUCGAUACUAAUUAUUAAUAUAACCGAUCACGGAAAGCCCUUUCGUUUAUCAACAAAAUGUUCUAUUGAAAUACAAUUGACAUUUUUAUAUGAUAUUGAAUUUAAAUCAAAUAUUUCAAGUAUUAAUCAAACGGAAGUUACGAUCGACGUGGAAAGUGUCGAUUUAGCGCUCGGCCAAUUUGUAAUCUAUGAUAAACAAUACAAUAGCUCGUGUCAUGAUUGUUUAAUUCAUGUAAAUACAUCAGUAAAUGAUAUUUUUUCUUUCAAUUAUUUAACCUAUGAAUUAUAUUUAAAUUUAAAUUCAGUCGUAUUAAUGAAAAUUUUAACAAAUUAUUUUCAUAAUAACGAAAAUGUUUCAUUGAAUAUACAAAUCGAUAUCAUAAAUUUAAAAUAUCCUUCGGUUCAAUCAACAAAAAUGUACCUAUUUAUUCUAAAUUUUAACAAAUUAAAUUUACUAAUGUAUUCAAAUACAUAUUUUCUAAAAAUUCAUGAUAAUACUUUAUUGAACGAACGAAUCUCAAUUUUCAAUCGUCAUCAUCGUUGUUUAAAUAAUCAAUCGAAUGAAUUAAUAUUAAACGAUCCAACAGACACGUUUGAUAUUGGAAAAAAUUUUAAUCUAAUUUUAAAAAAACAUUUAAAUGCGCAACAACAGAGAUCUUAUGAUUUAACACUGCAACAAAAACAAAAAAAUUCAACAGAUGAAGUAAGUUUUGUCUGGUUAUUGUAG